AUGCAGUUUUUCAGAACAGUGAGCACGCCGAAGCCGCAGCCGCCGCCUCCUCGUGGCGGCAGCAAGACGGUGGGGCGGUGGUUCAAGGACCGGAAGGAGAGGCAGAAGGAAGAGACAAGGGCGCACAACGCGCAGGUCCACGCCGCCGUGUCGGUGGCGGCCGUGGCCGCGGCGGUCGCUGCCGUGGCCGCCGCCACUGCGGGGUCCGGCGGCAGGGACGACCGCGCCGCGCGCACCGACAUGGCGGUGGCGUCCGCGGCGACGCUGGUGGCCGCGCAGUGCGUGGAGGCGGCGGAGUCCAUGGGCGCCGAGCGCGAGCACCUCGCCGCCGCCGUCGGCUCCGCCGUCAACGCUAGGACGCCCGGCGAUAUCGUCACCAUCACGGCCGCCGCCGCCACCGCAUUGCGAGGCGCGGCGACGCUGAGGGCGAGGGUGCUGAAGGAGGCGCGGAACGUGGCGGCGGUGAUUCCGGUGGACAAGGGCUCGAUGGGAAUGGGAGGCCACAAGCACGGCGCUCCGAGGCAGCUGCACAGGGUGGUGCAGGAGCUGGGCAGCAGCAACAGCAGCAGCUUCAGCGACGACCUGCCGGCGCUGGAGCAGGACGAGAGCAACAACUUCCUUGGCAUCUGCUGCCAGGAGCUGGUCGCCCGCGGCACCGAGCUCCUCAAGCGCACCCGCAAAGGAUCGUUGCAUUGGAAAGUCGUCUCCGUGUACAUCCACCGGACGGGCGUGGUGAUGCUGAAGAUGAAGAGCCGGCAUGUCGCCGGGACCAUAACCAAGAAGAAGAAGAGCGUGGUGGUGGACGUGUGCAGGGACAUAGCGGCGUGGCCAGGGCGGCACGUUCUGGAGGGGGGCGAGCACCGGCGCUACUUUGGUCUGCGCACCGCGGAGCACCGGGUGAUCGAGUUUGAGUGCGCGAGCCAGAGGGAGCACGACAUGUGGACCAGCGGCGUGGCGCGCCUCCUCGCCAUCGUCGACGGGCGGAAGCGCUUCGCUUGACACCGACGGAGGGCGUCACGGACGGUAGCGGCCCAGCCUGUGAUCUGAAGAUUGACCAUAGCGGCGUGUUCUUGUAGUUCUUGCUAUUGUUUUCUUUGUCUCUGAUCUCCUGUAAGUUUUCUUUCUUCUCCUCUUGUCUGAACCUGAGAGAGUGUGUGGCAAAUUGGCAAUGGCAGGCGGUACAAAAGCAAGCAUCUGCAUAUGUAGUUUAUAACUGAAUCUGGUAGCUACAGGGAGUCAUAAUGUAUCAAUGUAGUUAGUCAUUCUCAAUUAUGUUUGAUCUAA